AUGGGGGAUUCAAAAUGGGGGAAUAGGAAAAAGGCGAAAGUGCAGAGGUGCAAAAAUGUCGAACAGCAAUUGCGAAAUCACCCGGCACCGCUGACCAUUCUCGCGCUGCUGGCACUAACGAUAAACAAAGAGGGCCGAUUUAUGACAAAAGGAAUAUAUGAUGAUGAUGUGAGAAUAUCCACAGCAGUUUUCAACAUAGGAGACGAAAGGAUGUACCUAAGUGAAGAGCAUUUCGAAAAUUUGAAAAUGUUGCAAAAUAUGUUAGUACUCUGUUUUAAGUCGACCGAAAAAAAAGGAUUCCUCAAAGAUAUAGGAAUAGACAACGUGAAGACUCUUUUUUAUGAAAAUUUUAAAAACGAAGUCUAUGCAAAUAUCAAGCUAUUUUUUAAAUUCAUAAAAGAAAAUUUUUCUUAUAUCACCAAAAGGAUGAAAGAAGAAAAAAAAAAAAAUAAUUUAAAAGAAGAAGAUUAUCUAUCUGAUCAAAAAUUACUAGACCUGUUAGAAGAUGUAAUAAGUUACGACAUAGAAAAAAAUGCAUCUUAUUUUGAAAAAUUAGUUCAAUUUAUGACUCUUCGAAAAUGCUUUACAAUUAGUUUUUCCAUGAAUUUGGAUAAUACAGAUAAUCCCAUCGUACUGAUCACAGAAGUUGACUCAAGAAAUAACCACGUUCACUUCAGAGUUAAUAACAACCUACCAUCAGGAGAAGAAGAAGAAGAACAACAACAACAAGAAAGAAAUUAUACAAAAAAGAGUUCAGGAUCACAAAAGGAUAAGGUACCCUUCCUACAAAGUAUAAUAAACCCAAUAAAAUCAAACAGCUUCGUUAUGAAAAUGACGAGAAGGAUGAACCACCCGAUGGGUUACUUCAGAAAUUUAUGUACAAAACAUAACUUCCAAGUAGCAUCAGAAAAUUGGGUCGAAUAUUUUUAUAACCAUAAUGAGACCUUAUGUCAUGUAGAAACGUGUGGUUCUGGAGAUUGUCUUUUUUUAUCAUUGCAAUAUUUAUUAGAUAAAAAUGGAGUUCGAACUAAUAACGUCAUACCUAAUGUAGGAGUCCCUGAGAGUUCCUUUGUCCCAUGGUAUGUACGUAAUGUAAAACAAACAGAUGAUCCUAAAUUUAAUGUUAAUGAUCUCAGAUACAUAAGCACUUUUUAUUUUAUAAAAUUUUUUCCUGGAUAUACUGAAGACUAUGAACUAGAUGAGCAGUAUAUUAACGAAAGGUUUAACCUUCUCAUAAAUUUAGAGUUCACUAAUUAUUAUUUGAAGAAGGAUUACUUACAUAAAGUAAUGAGAGGUAAUAAAGUUGAUGACAAGAAUAACAAAUCCGUUCUCCUUCUCAUUUCGGACUAUAUUAAUAAGUACCUUUUCUUUGGUGGACGACCUCCUAUCACCAACAUGGAGGAGGCCGCUGCGCUGUGUACCUCCAACGUUUGCAAGAAGGGAAACGCAGACGGUGCAGGCCCCAGCGGAGGUGGCGCCGGGGGUGGCGACGGAAGUGGCACCGGAACUGGCAGCGGAGGUGGCAGCGGGUUGGGCAGCGGAAGUGGCAGCGGGGAUGGCAGCGGGGAUGGCGACGGAAGUGGCAGCGGGGAUGGCAGCGGAGGUGGCAGCGGGUUGGGCAGCGGAAGUGGCAGCGGGGAUGGCGGCGGGCUGAGCAACGAGAAACGGGGCGGAGGACCCAUCGGAGACGGAGACUACACCGAUGACGACGUCUCGGGAGGAAAAUCCAAAGGUAACAAAAGCGGAAGCGGUGUGGGCGGGGCGAGAAAGAAGGCACACAGAUCAUCCAUCAGACGCACCGGCAGCAGCGGCAACAUGGACAGUGACAACGAGAGCACUGGUAUCAUGAGAAGUGACCUUAGCAGACGAAAGAUCAAAAGUACCAACGAUUUUCAAAGCGUCAUGCAGGAAAACCCAUUUCCCCUAAGUAGCUAUCGCAGCGAGCAAUCCUUAAAUACGAUCGGCCAUUAUGGGAACGAAUUCACGAGAAGUACCGAUGACAUCGUUGGCAUAAGCAGGUCCUCGUCGCCGAACGAGAUGCUCGAAGAGGAAGACGACAUGGUGCACUUCGAGAAGGUGGGAGAUAAAGGGAAGGGAAAAAAAUUCACAAAGGAUACACACUUCCGAGUGACCUACGGACACUCCCCAUCGAGCACGACCACGAUGAAGCACGACCCCAUCACCCUCUCGCUAAAAACCGACAGUAGCAACGGUAGUCAGUUCGAAAAGGACAGGAGGUCCAACGUGAUGAAGAACCAGUCCCUUCGUAUUGCAUCGAGAGAGAGUGAAAACUCCUCCCUGAUGGAUGAAGACAUGAGUACACUGAAAUACACAGACAAGAAAAAAAACAUGGAGAUGCUAAAUGCAGAAUCUACAUCAUCUCUAAAGGGAGAGUACGAACAUGUAAUCGUACCACACGGAGCAGACAGUGAAAACAGCAAAGCCAUCGAUGUUGUGAGACCCAAAAGGUAUCUAACCAACCAAGGGGUUCUAUACGGCUCAUCUAAGAGUAACCCUAAAAAGUCUGACAUGCGAUUGGCACUAAUUGAAAACGAAAAAAAAUAUCGCAUGCAACAUAAAGCUAUAACAGAAUCGACAGAAUCCACAGAUGCUACAGAAGGCAACGAAAAUGAAAACGAAAAUGAUGAAGAAUAUGAUUCAAGCAAGAUAGAAGACUUAGAUUCUAACACUCAGGUCACCGAUUAUGAUGAAAUACUUGAAGAACUCCAUGAAGGUGGUUACAGAUUCUACGAACUUAUUUUCUUCAAACUAGUAUCCCUAUCAGCUAACAAAAUGACAUAUGAUGAAUUAAAGAAAGUUAAAAGAAAAAAUAUUCAUACGUUAAUCGGUACAAAUCUGAAAUCUAGAGUAAUCGGCUCUCAUGUUUUCAUGAAGAAAAUAACACAAGGGACCAUUCUUCCAUUUUUUAACUAUGUCAACAUAAAAAAUAAAUUAAAUAAUGUAAAUAGAAAGCAAAAUUAUGCAAAUCCUGAUCUGUAUGUUGUUAUCAUGAAGACUACCUUCAAUAAAAAAAUUAGGAGACGAAAGGAUGGAUUAGUGACGAAAAGUCUUCUGUUUAAACAUAAUGGUGAUUGCAUAUCGUAUUGGUCUAUCAAGAAUAAUGAUUACCAUUUCACUUGCGACAAUAAAGUUAUUGAGACGAAAACGAUUGAGGAGAAGGCUUCUGCUUUUUUUUACGAGAGGACAAGGACAGGACAUAUCCAUUGGGGGGAUGAGACAGACUAUGAGGGCUUCCAAAAAAUGUUCAGUAUUGGAUUAAUUACCUUUAUUAAUAACAACACGAAGUUUUUUUUCCCUAGAAAUACUUUCAAAGAUUAUCCUGUGUACUUUUUGAUUUACUUCUACUCCGGCGUUCACUUCGAGCCUGGCAUCCACAUUUCGAUGCACAACGACCGGGAGGUCUGCCGCUCCUCCUACGAGAGGACCAGGAUUCCGCACUCCUUCCAGCAGGUGCCCAAGGAAUAG